AUGAUUUGCAUGGAGUAUGGGAUGCGAGCUAGAGUGGAGCCAUCGAAAAUCGUCUUGGGCACUGGAUUUUAUGGUCGUUCCUUUACAGUCGAUGAUCCGUCCUGUAUUGAUCCAGGCUGUGUAUUCUCCGUCGCCGGAAAUGCUAGUCCCUGUACUGCCAUAGCGGGCGUGUUAUCCUACAAAGAGAUUACCGAGUAUAUAAAUACUGACGAUAUAAUUGUCUUUCUGGAUGACACCACCGCGGUGAACUAUAUAGUUUGGGACGCAGCCACUCAGUGGGUUUCUUUCGACACCAAUUCUCUGGACCAGGAUACCUACGAUUGGCAAGCUUUAAGCGGGUUGCUGAAUAAGAAGGUCGCCAGUGGGGAUCUGCUUACAGGCGGCUCUAUGAGUGACGAAACCGCGAAGGACCUAGCCACCCUCUAUUCCGCCUACAAUGGGGCGGAUUGCUACGUCUCGGGAUGCGUCGAUGUGAAUAAAGGACAGUGUAAGUCGGGAUAUAGCGUGCUCGAAUACGUAUAUUCCGCUUCUCUCAGCAUGAUUGAAGACCCAGACAAGAAGCUCUGUAAGACGGGAGACGAUGAUUCGAGUGACGCCCAGUAUCAUUUAAUCUGCUGCCCGACGGAGGCUAUGCCAGAGAGCUGCAGUGACGAUAGAUCGUGCACUGGCGGCGGCACUUAUGGUAAGGGAACUUACGAGCUAGUUGCGGAUUCUUACGCAGAUCGCACUGGUUCUAACUUCUGCACCAGUGGAAAACGUUCUCUCUGCUGUAACACUGAUUCCGCCUUAGAGAAAUGCAGCUGGACAACAUGCGGCAACUAUAGCUGCAAUGACAGCUGUCCAAACGACAAAGCAUUGAUUACGCAACGAACCGAAAUCUAUUCAAUCACCGUGGAGGGCGACGAUAGCGUCUGCUCUUCUGGUACGAAUAAGCUUUGUUGUGAUCCUCCCAACGGGGCCAACAAUUUCCCUGUUAAUCCAGAAGACCUAUUCACUUACCCCGACGAAGAUAAUAUAAGCUACUACUAUAGCGUCGAAGCCACAUCCAACUCAGAUUCAACAAAUGAUGAUAGCAAGGAUCCGUUCGCAUUUAUGAUGAUUGACGGCGAUACGAGCGCCUACGACGAGUCCUUAGUUGACCAAUAG